GCUUUUUAGAUUUUAGAAUGUCAGUCGGGCACAUAUUUCAUAAUCAAGCACCCUCCGGGGCGAUCCGGGACAGCUCUUGGAAAUCAGUUUCUCAAGCAAGGCGCGAAUAUUCACACCGGAAGGAAUCAAGACCGUCUCUACCCUGUGGCAAAUUUUGGGUUAAGUUUACCACCAAUUUGUGGAUACAGGGACCUGGACCGUUCUCCUACCUGGAGACACUUUGGAGGAGCAUCCAGCAUGGCCAGGGAGUCAGCCCUAGGAGGAAGAGAGGCUUUCCCCCAGCUCUCUUGUCCUUCCUGCAGCCCUGCCGGCCGGAAACGUGGUGGGAAAGGAGGGGGAGCUUAAGCCAGGACUCUGACCCCCAACCCCCAGCUGGCUAUGACUGAGGAGUCUGUGACCCUAAAGGACGUGGCCAUGGACUUCACCCUGGAGGACUGGGAGCAGCUGGGGCCGGAUCAGGGGGACCUGUUCUGGGACACGGCCCUGGACAACUACCAGAAUCUCUUCCUGCUCAACCCCCCCAGACCCAGUCUGACUGCCCACCUGGACGGUGCGAAAGAGCUGGAUGCGCAGCCGACAGGAAGCCUGGAAGCCGCGGGCCCAGAUGUGGCUGAGGCCAAGACCUCUCUGCCGCAGGACUUCGUGGAGGGACUGUCCCUGGGGAUGGUGGGCACGUUUCCCGUGGAGGACCUCAUGAGCCCCAGCCCGGGAGAAGCCGGCACGGGCGAGAGCUGGCUGGCUAGUUUCCUAGAAGAUCCGGAGAGCGUCCUGAAGUCUGACGCUGUCACCAGGGGCAGCCCCACGGAGCGCAAGAGUCACAGAUUCUGGAGAGGCCCGAGUCCCCAGCCCCUCCUGUUCACAGGCGAGGAUUUCAUGCUGCACGGCCUGCCCGAGCGGAGCCCCGCAGCAGCCCGGUCUCCGGGGUGUGGGAGCGCCGUGGGCCGCCGCUCGGGCGGGGCCCAGCCCGACGGAUGCAGUGAGCGCGGGACGGGCUUCGGCCAGAGUCACCACCUCAGCCAGCCCUGGGCCCCGCGCCCGCGGGAGAGCCCGGCCCCGCCCCAGGAGGGCCAGAGCCCCUGCCGCCUGCUGCCCCUGCCUCGGGCGGGCUACAGAGCCUGCGUGUAUGACACACACGGGCAGGAGCUCCGCCCGGAGACGCGCCUGAGGCAGCAGGAGGCGCGCUCUGGAGAAACCCCCCCGGAGAGCACGAGCAGGGGGCACGCCGCGGGGCCCGGCCCGCAGCUGGCGGGGCUCCCGGACGCGCACCGCAGCGCCACCGAGCAGUGCGACGAGCCCCGGGACAGUCCCGGCCGAGCCGUCCGCCUCGGCCCGCGUCGGAAGACCCCCGCUCGGCCGCGCUACGGAUGUGCCGAGUGCGAGGCCACCUUCAGCCUCAGGACGCGCCUCCUCCAGCACCAGAAGAGCCACGCGCGGGCGGCCCCCGAGCGGCAGGAGCCCGGCGGGGCCCGGCCUGUGCCCGCAGGACAGGAGGAGCCUCAUGCGUGUGACAAGUGUGGGAAAGCCUUCAGCCACGCCUCAGCGCUGAAGACCCACCAGCGGGCCCACGGCGGGGAGAAGCCGCACGCGUGCGGCGAGUGCGGCAAAGCCUUCUCCCGCGUCACGCACCUGCGCGAGCACCAGCGGGUGCACACGGGCUACCGGCCCCACAGGUGCCAGCAGUGUGUCAAGAGCUUCAGCCGGCCCUCGCACCUGAUGCGGCACCAGGCCACCCACGCCGCAGAGAAGCCCUACGGCUGCCCCCAGUGCAAGGAGGCCUUCGGCUGCCGCGAGCACCUCGCCCAGCACCAGCAGGUCCACGCUGUGGAGACGCCCUACGAGUGCCAGGAGUGCGGCGAGCGCUUCACCUGCCGCUCCACCCUCACCUGCCACCAGAGCCUUCACGCCAGGGGGCCGCCGGGGGGCGACGGGGGCCGGGACUCCGCGGGUCAGGCCCCAGGCCUGAGGGAGCCUCUGAGGAUCGAGGCGAAGUGCUUCAAGUGUCAGACGUGCGAGAAGACCUUCAGCUGCCGGAAGUACCUGAGCCAGCACGAGCGGAUUCACACCAGGGCGAAGCCCUUUGGGGGCCCCCGGGCGGGGGAGGCCGCUGGGCAGAGCGCGCGGCUGGCCGGCCAGCCGGGGACCCGCUCGGGGCUGCACGAGUGUGGGCGCUGCGGGAGAGCCUUCCUGCGCGGCGCCUCCCUCGCCAGGCAUCAGGCCGUCCACACCGGCGAGCGCCCCUCUAAGAGCGGCUCCCGGCGAGGCGCCCCCCUGCCAGGGCGCGCGGAGAAGCCCUUCAAGUGCAGCCAGUGCGACAGGGCCUUUGCCCACAGCCACUACCUCAGUCAGCACCAGAAAGCGCACGCCGGGAGGACCUACGAAUGCCAAGCGUGCGGGAAGAGGUUCCAGCAGAACUCGUGCCUGACGAAGCACCAGAGAAUCCACACGGGCGAGAAGCCCCACGUGUGUGGCGACUGCGGAAAAGCCUUCGGCCUGGGCGCCCGGCUCACGCGGCACCUGCGCGUCCACACCAGGGCCAAGCCCUACGUCUGUCAGCAGUGUGGGAAAGCCUUCAGCCAGAGCUCGUGCCUGGCCGUGCACCUGCGGGUGCACACCGGGGAGAGGCCCUACCUGUGUGCCCAGUGCGGGAAGGCCUUCACCCAGAAGGCCAACCUGACGCAGCACGAGAGGACGCACAGCGGGGAGCGGCCCCACACCUGCGACGUGUGUGGCAGAGCCUUCAGCCUCGGCGCCCACCUCACGCAGCACCGCAGGAUCCACACCCAGGAGAAGCCGUACCAGUGCCAGCACUGCCAGAAGGCCUUUCGCUGCUGCUCGGGCCUCAGCCGGCACCAGCGGGGCCACACUCAGCCCUUGCCCUAGUGGCCCUCUCCCCGUCGGGCGGGGGAGGGCGCCCCAGACCCUGGCGCAGGUGGCUAAGGCCGGAAGUUGGAAUCCUCUCCUGGCGAGCCUCCCCUCCCUCAGCAGCAUGUCGGUGUCAAUAAAGGUUGGUCACGAGUUUCCGUUUCAUUAAGACAGUGGAAGCACAGAAACGGACAGGGCCGGGGGCAGAAUUCAGCGGUGGGCGCCAGUGUCCACCGAGCUGAAGCCCAGCUAAAUCUUCCUGGGCGGCCUGGGCAGAGUCACCGGUCCGCAUCUGUAAAAUGGGCAUGACGACACUUGGCCCACCUCGGGGCCCUUUGAGGGCUGAUGCAGAAGCACGAGGCCCCAGCACCCAGCAUGUAGCACGUGGCCAGGUGGGCGCAGGAAGCCGUGGGGGGACGGAAGCGGCCUUGUGGUUCCAGCGGAAGAACUGGCCGUUGUGACGUGCUGUGGGUAAUGUUCUUCCUGAUGUUCACUCCCUGUGGCUGCCGACAUGUUUCUCCAAAACGCGCUCUGCUUAAUUCAGUUCCGAGAACCCAACUUCCUUUUCUCAGUCAAGUCUUUUCGUCCCUCCCUCCAUCUCCGCUCUACUUUUUGCUUGCUUGACCCACAGAAAGCCAAGAAGGGCUAUUAACCUGACGCCAAGGGGCGAGCAGCUUCUCCCAGGCCCCUCCCCAUUACAUGCCACCUCUUACCUUAACCCCCUUAAAGGUGUCGCUCAGCACGGGACUGGGAUUAGCGGCGGGUCUGGAGAGUCGGGAGCUGGGGGGCACGUGCUGCUCCCCGGGGGCUCUGCUAGGUAUCACGGCUGGGAAUAAAAUCCUGCCUUUGCCUCGAAGCUUCUCACACUGAAGAGAUCAGUGACCCUGAUCUGUUUUCAGGGGCUCCAUUUUCGUGGAUAAGUAACAUCUUCAGCUACCACAUUGCUCACAUCACAGCAAGUUCUGGGAACCCAAGGGUGCAAACCCUCACUGGAAGCCUGGGAUCCACCACUCACCUUGGCU